AUGGCAGGGGAAAGGUGUGAUCUUAACAAGGACGAAGCGGAGAUUCUCAAACCUUCUUCCUCUUCUUCUUCCUCUUCCCCUUCUAUUUUGCUGAAAAGGGUGGGCUUGACCGGCUUCCGGUGUCGCUGUGGCGAUCUCUUCUGCAAACUUCACCGGUACUCCGAUUCCCAUGACUGCUCAUUCGAUUACAAGGCGGCUGGAAGAGAACAAAUCGCUAAGGCCAAUCCUCUCAUAAGAGCUGUGAAGAUCAUUAAAAUAUGA